AUGCCAGGGAGAGUAGCAAGCGGUGCUACACGCGCCUCGCGAAGGACGAUUUCAACAAAAAGUUUGCGCAACUCGUCGCCCGUUACCGCAAUACCAGACGAAGGCGCCGACACAUCCCUACGACGCGCCAUUUGUACCGCCUUCGCCGACGCUCAGAGAUCGACCGCCGGCCACCGUAAAGCCAUUAUUGCGUUGCGAAAAGCACAAGAGGCGUGCUGUUACGAACCUACAUCCCCCAAAUCUGGAAAGCAGCAGCAGCGCGAAGAUUUCGAUGAGGACGACUUCAAUCGCGAGGUCGUGCGCUGUGUGUUGCGCAUACUGCCCGUCAAAAAGGCAGAACCCGUGGGAGAUCGCGUGGUCCGCUUCUUGGGCACUUUUUUGAACGUCGCGAGUGGAAAGGACAAUGCCAUUAUCGCGGGGGAUGAAGAGGAUGAGGAUGCUGCUCUUCCAGAGACACCGACCAGCAGGCUGACGACGGCUAUUUUGGAGACACUUCUGCCUCUGUUGCAGGCCAAGGACAAGGCAAUCAGAUAUCGCGCCACGCAAAUUACAAGCCAUGUCAUCWAUUCGWUGGACACCCUGGACGAUUCUCUGUUCCACAAGCUACGAUUUGCGCUGUUGAAGCGUAUUCACGACAAGGAGGCGCCUGUAAGGCUACAAGCUGUGUAUGGCCUGGGCAGACUAGCGGCUGAAGUUGAAGAUGAGGAGGAAAAGGAUGAUUCGGAUUCAGAGGAUGACGCUGCGGCUGGUGUGCUUGGAAAGCUGUUGGGUGUGCUGCAGAAUGAUCCUUCUGCGGAAGUCAGGAGGAAUCUGUUGCUCAAUCUUCCCCUCACUAAAGAAGUAUUGCCAUAUCUGCUGGAGAGAGCGCGAGAUUCGGACGGUACGACAAGGAGGGCUCUCUAUGCGCGUUUGUUGCCUGCACUGGGUGAUUUCCGUCAUCUUAGCUUGACACAUCGCGAGAAGCUGCUUCGAUGGGGUUUGAGGGAUCGCGACGAGAAGGUGAGGGAAGCCACAGCCAAACUCUUCCGCGAGAGGUGGAUCGAAGAUUGCGCCGCUCUUCCGGCCGCACAAGCUGCAGAAGGCGACGCUCAGAAAGACGCCACAACCGCCGCUCCUCCCUCCCUCGAUGCGUUGCUGGAACUCCUCGAACGCAUCGAUGUAGUCAAUAGUGGCACCGAAGGCGGCAUUGCCCUCAUUGCCAUGCGAGAGUUCUGGCUCGGGCGUGAGGACUACCUGGCGUAUGUCUCGUUUCCUCCUUCGUUCUGGGAGGAGCUUUCCCCCGAACUCGCCUUCGUCGCUCGUACUUUCAACGAAUACUGCCGAUCUCACUCGGGUAAAGAUAGUGGAGUGUAUGAGGCGCUCGUGGAGGAGAAGUUACCCGAAGUUACUCAAUUCGGCUAUCUAUUGGAGGGAGAGAUUCGACGUCUGAUCGAGACGACUAUCGCUACUCUUUCGGAGGAGAACGCAGAGGAUGGUGACGAGGAAGAGCUCGCACACCGCGAGUUUGUGGUCGAGCAGAUGCUUCACAUGGCUCUCACAUUCGAUUACAGCGAUGAAGUCGGCCGACGUAAGAUGUUUGGUCUGAUGAGAGAGAGCUUGGCAUUGCCCGAUCUCCCCGAGGAGGUCACACGCCUUGUUGUGGAAGUCCUUCGUCUAGUCUGUGGAGAAGACUCCAAGGGCGAGCGUGAGUUCUGUGGUGUUGUUCUCGAAGCCAUCGCGGAGGUUCAUGAUACUAUCAUGGGCGAUCAAGAAGAUGACGCGGACAGCACCAAUGAGAGCUUCCACUCUGCUACGGAAGUCGUCGAGGAUGAUGACGACACCAUCGUGGUUGCGCAGAAGAAGAGGGCCAAGAAGAGUAAUAAGACUGCCGAAGAGGGUGGUAUGGAUGAAGCAGAGAAGGCUGUGAGGGAGAUUAUGGUGAACAUGAAGUGUCUACACAUUGCGCUUUGUAUGUUGCAAAACGUGCAGGGCGACUUGGAGGAGAAUGUUCAUCUGGUGACGAUGCUCAACAACUUGGUUGUGCCCGCUGUGCGAUCUCAAGAGGCGCCAAUCCGUGAGCGAGGACUGCUUUGUUUGGGAUUGUGCUGUCUACUAGGCAAGAACCUGGCCCAGGAGAACCUCACUCUCUUCCUCCACUGCUUCGCGAAGGGUCACCCGGCUCUUCAAACCAUUGCCAUUCAGAUAAUCACAGAUAUUCUCAUCACACACCCCAGCCUUCUCUCACCUCCGCUCAAUGCCUCCACCGACUCCUCCUCGACGACACCCGAGGAGAUUCUCAAACCCAUACUCAAAACCUUCAACAAAUCCCUCAAGUCGGACGAUCCACUCGUUCAAUCCACUGGAGCCGCCGCUCUGUCUAAGGCUUUCCUCAGCCAGCUUAUCACAGAUACGGAUCUUCUCAAACAGCUGGUCAUCACUUACUUUGAUCCAGACAGUGCGGGGAAUGCUCAACUUCGCCAGAGUCUCGCAUACUUCCUACCAGUCUACUGCCAUUCACGAGCGAGCAAUGCAGAACGAAUGGCACAAGUAACAUGCGCUGUUGUCGCGAAACUCUUCACCUUGCGAGAAAGUUACAUGGAUGACCUCGAAGACGAAGGCGUGGAAGUCGAUCAGCAAGGUCUCGAAGGCGGAGGAAUGGUCAAGAUGGGUGUGCUGGGUGGCAUGUUAGUCGAUUGGACAGAUUCACGGAAGAUUCUGGACCUCAAUGGCACAGCCGGCGCGUUCCAAUGCGGAGAGGGGAAAAUGCUUCCACACUUCUUGCUCGCGGAGUUGGUUCUUGAGAGACUUGUCACCACGCAGAUCGGGAAAGAGGAGAGGAAAGUUUUGUUCUCCAUGCUCAGCAAAUUGCACCUUCCGGCUGGAGGCUGUGAAGCCGAACAAGUCAAGGCGGUGCUGGAAUUGGCGGCUGAGGCUGCGGAUGGGAAAGCUGCUCCUGAUGCUGUGAGCAGGAAUGUUUUGACGAAGGUGCAGAAUGGAUUGUUGAAGCUUAUGCAUGAUUUCAUGACUGAUGAGAGGGGUGGUGGUGGGGUUGAUGAGACGGAAGUUGGAGCUGUGACGGAGAUGGUUAGCGAGCUGGAAGUCAGCACUAUCGAGACGAAAGAGGAUGUGGUGGAGGAAGAUGAUGAUGAUGAUGUUAGUCAGGCGGAUGUUGAUGAGCAACUGCAGAGGGAGAUGUCUACGACGCUGGGAGCUACUAUUGGGGUUCCGGAUGCAGAAGGGACAAGGUUUGAGGAGGAGUAUACUGAGGUUGAGGAUUCGGAGAUGAUGGAUGUUGAUGGCUAG